AUGGUUAAGAAGACCAACUCCGACGUCACCGACUUCGACAACCAGGUGGGCAGCCUGGACAUGGCCCUCGAGCUCGACGACGAGGGGGACGUCUUCAUCGCGCAGCGCGAGUUUUGGGCGCGCCUCCGGACCCGUCUCUCCGUCAACAAUGCGUCCCAGGGGCUAGACGUCCUGGACGCCAUGGCCAUGGACAUCCUCGUGAUCCUGCCGCACCCCGACCAGAUGCAGGCCGGCGAGCCUGCCGAGCACUCCGUCCUGUCGAUCCCGCUGCCGCCGUUGGUGCCCACGCCAGAGUCGACGUCACCGCCGCCGCGUCCAUCGACAGGAACCAGAUCGUCGCCACGGACGUCUUCCAAGACGAGACCGCCAUCGAAGAAGAAACAGAAGGCCGCGGCCAAGAAGAAGGCCGAGGCCUACGACUUCCGGUUGCCGACGACGGCGCCCGCGCGACUGAAGAUCGACCUGGCCGCACUUGCGCAGCGCCCCUUCAGCAAGGGCCUCGCUCCGUUCCGCUUGGCGUACCCCUGGCGCAAACAGCGGUGCUGGUAG